AACACCAUCAAAGCGAACUGUCAAAAUACGUUACAUGUGCAAUAUCUCUAAUUCCACUGUACUUAUUUAGGUUCACCUAAAUAAUGCAUACCCUUAUUUAGGUCCAUAUGCAAUAUCUCUCUAAUUUCACCGAUUGUGUAUUUGCGGUUUACUAGCGUUAUCUAUUGUUUUUUUACGAAUAUAUCUACCAACAUGGCUUUAAACAAAGGCAAACGAGCACGCGGAAGCAAUUUCACCAAGGAGGAGGAACUGCUACUCGUUCGUAGUGUCUGUAUUAGCUGGGGAAAUUACACAUCGGAAAAGUUGAAGACGCCCAUGUCAAAAAGACUUAGACAGACGAAUUCUACUAGCAAAAAUUUAUUUUAUGAAAAAAAAAUUAUGUUCGCAGAAGAAGAAAUUGAAAGAAGCAGACUAGAACAAGAAGACAUUCUGAUCAAGAGAAAGAGGGAUGCAGAGAAACACGAGUGGGAAGGGGAACUACAUAGAAAAAAACUUGAACUUUUAGAAAUAGAAAUAAAACAAAGAAUGCUUAACAAUUAG